AUGGCCCCUACAACGGGCACCUCUGCUCGUUUCAGACAGAGGAAAAUUAGCGUCAAGCAAACCCUCCAGGUUUUCUGGCAAAGCGAUGUUCCGGAUCUUGAAGACGAGCAACAACGCGAACUUCAACACGUUGAAACCGGUGUUGAAAAAGGCGAAGAAGAAGAACACCAUCUUCAAGCUGCCAUUAACGCGUCGAUAGCGGCCGCUACUUCUGGUAAUAAUGUCGAACAAGUGUAUAUCCCUACCCCUGACGCGUCAAAAAUAUGGAAAGAGUUUUCAAAGUAUUACAAGAAGGGCUUUUCUAGCCCUCACUCCUACAUACGGCAAUCUUCCACUGUCGAGGAUCUCUCUGGAUGUCCUUACAAUAUGGAUGAGGAAGAUGAAGUCUUCUUAAAGAAACUCAAUAAGGGAAAGACACCAUCUAAUCAAUGCUCCGAAGAUGACUUUGAAAUGAUUAUGUACAGGUUUGAAACUGUCAUUGACGAAAAGCAACCUUACCUGUCCAUGGACCCUUCGGAAGUUCUUUCUUUUGAGGAGCUGGCUCCCGUCAUUACAGAGCAAUUAAAAGAGUCGGAAAAUGAUCUCAACAAUCCUGAGCUUUUGCUCACAAAACUUUCGACCGCCCAACAUACUACUACAUCUCGCAGAUCCAAGAAACCACCAUCAGCCCAUUUUAAACAAUUUGGCGCGUUAAUAUAUCCCCAUUGGAAAGAGCGAAAGAUUCAGCGUCAUGGUCGAUCCAUUGCGCCCACUCUUAAAACUGAAGACAAUAAUAAAGACGACAGCGACCCUUAUGUUUGUUUCCGGCGACGCGAAGUCCGUCAGGUUAGAAAGACGCGUCGUACCGAUACUCAGAGCUCGGAAAAGUUGCGCAAGUUACGUAUGGAACUUCAAGCUGCCAAAUAUCUCAUGGAAAUGAUUGUUCAGCGCGAAGCUAUGCGUUCUGAUGCUUUACAACUCGAGAUUGAAAUCUUCACGAGUCGCGUCAAGAUGAAAGAGCUCAAGCGGUCACUCAACAUUACUGGUGAUGAAGAGGAUCUUGUUACUCAUAAAAAGCGCAAGACUGGACAAGUCGCUGCCAGAGACGAGUCUCAGGAAUCGGCACCAGAACUGGCAAAGCAGGCUUCUGCAUCAGCUCCAGCAAAGGUAAAAGCAAUGGUUUCUGGUUUGCCUGGUGCGCCAAAUACGUCUUCCAACUCUUCUUCUGUGGCUGCUGUAGCUGCAGCCGCCGCUGCUGCAGCUGUAGUUUUGCCUCCUGGCGCACCUCCUGCAGUUGCAGCUGCCGCAGCUCUUGCUCACCAACAGGCUCAAAAACAGCAACUGCUUCAGCAACAACAGCUCCAAGCACAGCAAGCCCAACUUCAACAAGUCAAACAGGCUCAACAAGCUCAAGCUGCUGCUCUUGGACAGGCUCACGCUGUUCAAAAUCACCAACAGCAAAUUCCUCAUUCUUACCCUAUUCACCAUGUUCCACAACAAACGCGGCUUCCUGUCAGUAAGAUCCCCGAUAUGGAUCUUAUUUCUUUGGAUAAGAUUCUUAACAGCAAAGAGGCUGCUAUGAAGGCGUCUAUUAAAGAGAAGCUGCGUCGCAGAGCCAUUGAAGAUAAGACCUGGCUCAACUACACAGACAAUCCAUUUGUUCCAUAUUGUGACUAUUUUGAUCCAGAUGAAACAACGCGCAAUGCUCUCACUAUUAUCCAGCCAAACCAUGCUGCAUAUUCCUCAAUUGCUACUGCAUAUCCUCCGGCUCCAGAUAAGUGCCUUAAGUUCCCUCUUGCUUCUUCUCUAGGCCAAGGCUAUAGCUCGCGCUUAGAAACCAACCCUUAUUUGUUGCAGACUACAAUUAAUGAAAAAGGUGGAAUGGAUAUUGUCAAUAAGAUUAAUGAUCGUGAAGGCCCUUGGCCUGAUGAAGGCCAUAACAUUCCUCGUGGUACUGCUAUUUCCUUGCGUCGCAGAUUUGGCCGUGGUGGCCGCAUCAUUGUGGACCGCCGUGGCAUUGUACGACGUCCAAAGUCCAUUGAUGAGAUUUAUAAUCUUGAUCCUCAUGAUUCUGGCAAAAUCACCAAGGAGCUUGAAGAGUGGUCCAAUUUAGGAACGUUUUCCGGAUCUAGUGUUGAUGACAGUCGCCAGAGGUCUGAAACACUGGCUAGACUAGAACGUCUUGAUGACCGCUACAAGUACGAUUCUGAUGUACAUUUUGAUAAUACCGAGUACUCCGGUGGAGACCCCAGUAAACUCAAUGGCAUUUCAGAAGGUACUCAAGCUAUUCGGUUUGGUGCUAUGCUUAUUUCAAAAGCGUAUGAUAACUUUUGGGAAGUGUUUAAGAACCGGCAGCAACAGCUUGGUGCUAUGCACAAGAAACUUCAAAAGCAUCAGCAGGCUCAGCAGUUGGCUCAGCAGCAACAACAACAACAACAGCAACAGCAACAGCAACAGCAACAGCAACAGCAACAGCAACAGCAACAGCAACAGCAACAGCAACAGCAACAGCAACAGCAAC